GUCAGAGCUGAGAAGUAAGUGUGUAUUAGUUUUUUGAUAUAGUGUAGGUAUAUGUGAUUUUUUCUCUCUGUGUGUAAUAGUAUUUUCGAAAUUGUUUCGAAAAUAACAAUUGUGUAUAUUAUUGGGGAAUGAUUUUUUGAUUUCGAAACUCAAUUAACCUGUUAGUGUUUUUUUUACGGUGUGUGUAAGUGUUCUGUCCUCUCGUGUGUGGUGAAUUAAGUGAAUUAUAUUUUUUUUUGUCAAGUGUUUCUUGUGUUACCCCCAGAUGCUUAAUAAAAACUCGAUGACUAUAUGGCUUAAAUUUGGUGUUGCUAAAGAAUGUUAUUGAAAAGAUGGUGUAUGCGGAUAAAUCUUAACGCAAGAAGAUGUAAAACAUUUUUGCUAUGGUGUUUUGCUUCAACGGGUUAAACCACAUUGAGAAACAGAUAGAAAUCAAACUUCAUAAGGUACUGCUGCAUAAUAUUAGCGGCAGCCUAAUGAUAUGGAUGUAACCAUUACUAACGGGCUAGAGGGAGUACGACAAUACUUCCAAGGUUUGCCCACUACCUCAAAUCCAUCCGGUAAUUCAACACCAUUUCAUUCAACUGAUCAAUAUAAUACUGACAAUAUUGAAAGUAAUAUUUGGUCAACUACAAGUGGAAAUGGUUCUCGAAUUCCAAACGAUCAACAGUUUCCCAAAAAUCCGGAACCGAAUAAAUCAAUAUUUAAUCAUGUAGUCAAUACUGAAAGUAGUAAUUCGUAUAGUUUAUUCGAAAGAAAUGAAUCGUCGUCACAAUACAAAAAUGUUUCACUUCCAAAGCAUGAAAUGCGACCACAUAAUCAUGAAAUAUGGAAACCGUCUUCGUACGAGCGUGUACCAUCAGCCACAUCGGAUACAAACACUAGCAAAUUAAAUUCUGAUGACACGAAACCACCGAAUCAACAAACAAAAGUAGAAAAUGAUAAAAAAUUGAGUGGAAAUCUAAACCCAAAUUCAUCUACUUCAUUUCAAGAUGAAUUCCAACAACAAAUGCUUUCUUCAUUAAAUAAAAAUUUUGAUCAACAUUCCCAAAAUGUUUCGUCACAACAUUUUGAUAGGACAUCGGGAGGGGGAAAAUUUCCACACCAAGAUUCGAAGAAUGUCAAUAAUGAAACAUCGAAAACUUCAGAAACACAGUCUGGUAGUGAUAAGUCAUUAUUAACGAGACAAAUUUCUUCGGAAUCAAUCUCUACUGUUGAAAAACGAUCCCCCAGUGUAGAGAUUGUACCACCAAGGCCGUCUUCACAGUCUCAAGAAGCUAGGCCUGCGUCAAUUAAUCAUCAAGAUUUACGGCUAUCUUCACAUGAAAUGCGACCACCGUCACAUGAAAUGAGGCCACCUUCUCAUGAAAUGAGACCUCCUUCUCAUGAGAUGAGACCUUCCCCUCAUGAAAUAAGGCCACCUUCUCAUGAAAUGCGUCCAGUUUCUCAAGAGGUACGACCUCCAUCAUGUGAAAUGAGGGCAGCUUCACAAGAAAUGAGGCCAGCUUCACAUGAAAUGAGACCAGCUUCUCAUGAAAUGAGACCAGCUUCACACGAAAUGAGGCCAGCAUCACAUGAAAUGAGACCAGCUUCUCAUGAAAUGAGGCCAGCAUCACAUGAAAUGAGACCAGCUUCUCAUGAAAUGAGGCCAGCUUCACAUGAAAUGAGACCAGCUUCUCAUGAAAUGAGGCCAGCAUCACAUGACAUGAGGCCAGCUUCUCAUGAAAUGCGUUCUCUUUCUCAAGAGAUGCGAGUUCCUUCACAUGAAAUGAGACCAUCUUCACAGGAAAUGAGACCUGCACCACAAGAAAUUAGACCACCUACACAGGAAAUGAGGCCGGCUUCACAAGACAUGAGGCCAGCUUCACAAGAAAUGAGACAGAAUUUACAUGAUGUAAGGCCGUUAUCGCGAGAAAUACGACCAACUGCACAUGAAAUAAGACAGCCUUCCCAUGAAAUGAGACCUCCAUCCCACGAAAUGCGUCCAGCAUCACAUGAAAUGAGACCGCCUUCUCAUGAAAUGAGGCCAUCUUCACGUGAAUUGAGACCGUCUUCUCAUGAAAUGAGGCCUGCUUCACAUGAAAUGAGACCACCUUCCCAUGAAAUGAGACCAACUUCACAUGAAAUGAGACCUCCUUCUCAUGAAAUGAGACCACCUUCACAUGAAAUGAGACCACCUUCACAUGAAAUGAGGCCAGGCUCACAUGAAAUGAGACCAGUUUCGCAGGAAAUGAGACUAACUCCACAGGAUAUGAGACAAUCAUCUCAUGAAAUGAAACCAAAUUCGCAUGAAAUGAGAACACAGGGAAUAAGACAACCAUCUCAUGAAAUUAGACAAAAUUCGCAUGAUAUGAGACUACAAUCUCAUGAAAUGAGGCCUGAUUUCGUUUCCUCACAUCAAGUAAGACCUGAAUUUCGCGAUACAAAUAAUCGAUUACCUAAAGAUAUGAUGCCUCAACCUCAAUUAUCGCAUGAUAUUCGAUCUCGCUCACUUCAAGAAAUACGAUCUCUGCCAGAAGAAAAGAAAUUAACUGGAAUGUAUGCUUCAUAUGCGGAAGAAAGAUUAGCUCAAGAUUCACGAAUCAAUCCUGAAUUAAGGCACCUUCAAGAACAAUACUCACAGCGAACGCAACAAGACUUAAGAUCUACUGCUCAAAAAAUGUAUGACAAUAGAUCAUUUCCCCCUCAAGAUAUUCGUGCACCACAAAAUAUAAAAUCAUUUUCGAACGAAGUUCGAUUACCCACAACGAAUAAAGAGGAUCCAAAGCAACUAUCGCAAGAUUAUUUGAAAUCUGUACAGUUGAAGAGUUCAUUCGAAGCACGAAUGUCGAAAAGUAUCAACCAGGCAUUUAAUGAAAAUCAUUAUGGCAGGCCGAUGAAUAGCCAAAUACAGACACCAUCAAAUAAUAUGUACUCGAUGGAAACAAAAGGUCCUAAUGAAAUGCAAUACAAAAUGGAUCAGGAAGCGAAAAAAUUGUAUACUGCUCGACCUAUUGAUCAAACGACACGAGUGCCUCCCACCAGUGUGAGUGGGAACGAUUUAUCUAGAAUAAAUAAACCUAAUUUACCAACAUCAAAUUUAAAUAACUAUCAUCAGACACCAUCUUCAGAGUAUCUGAAGAAAGAUCCAAAUUAUAUGGCUAGAUCUAUGGCCAUGAUGAAUCAAUAUAAUAAAAGCUUACCACCAACGGAUAAUCGGUUGCAACCUCAACACACCAUGCCACCACGGGUUGCGAGUAAUAUGAAUGAUUUUCAAAAACAAUAUUUACAACACACAACAAAUACAUCACGGCCUGAAAAAUUAGUACAACGAAGUGCUCCAGGUGUUGGGGGAUCCUCUUCACAACAACCAAUGCAUUUUACAAAUUACACACCUGAACAACAUUCUUACCCUACGAAUGUUCUUCAACGCCAUUCAAAUGUAAUUCAAUAUGAAAAUUCUUCACGACAACAGAAUGCUAGCGCACCAGGUAGUUCUGAUAGAGUAAGUGGUAUAAAAAUCGAACAACGACCUGAAAUGAUGUAUCCACCUUCGACGAUUAACCAACAAAACCAUGUUUAUCAUCAAAAUAGUCUUAGGCAGCAACCUCAAUCUCACGAUAAAAAAUUAUCAAGAAUGGAAAUUGACGUAAAAGUAUCAACCCAGAAUUCGAUUGCAUACUCUAGAGCGUAUAAUAAUUAUCCUGGACAUACAACCCAAACGACAUCGUCUUCUGCUUAUAAUCAGAUGGCAAAUCAAUAUACCACAACAGGAACUAAGUCAAUUAAUCAUCAAGAAGCCUAUGAACGUCAAAGAUUAUACAAUAAUCAUAUUCAAACGUUACAACAACAAAAAAACCCACAAAAUCACCAUGAAGUAGCUGGAACACCUGGAUUGUAUCCUCAAAGUUAUCAACAACAAAUGCGAAAUGUUGAAACAUCAAGGAGUAACAAUCAACAAUCGUCAAUUUCAAUGCAACAUCAACAACAAAUGUUUCAAACUGCACAAUCUUCAUCGACCAAAAAUACUUAUCCAGUUCCUCCACGUGCUAGUGGGCCGAUGUAUAGCAGUCAUUCAAAUGUACAACAUCAAUUACGUCCUGAAAUUAUAGUAACAACUGCUGGAGGGGUAAAUAACACCUCUGGACAACAACAUUUUCCGUAUUCAACAUCGUCUUCAGCGGAUAAUCAUUUACAACAUUAUAUGCAACAAACCAAAGGUUUAUAUUAUCCAAGUAAUAAUAAAACUCAUUCGACUCCGUAUCCUACUGGUACGGUUUCUACAAAUUCAAUAAUUGAACGACAACGACAGCAGAAUCAAAUGAUGAAUGCCAAUUAUAAAAAUCCUGCGUAUAGGUAUCCAUCUCCAAGUGCGCCUGGAGCUAUUGUUACAUCUUCCAAUACGAAUCAAUAUCAUUACGCAAAUAAAAAUUAUUCAUAUGUAACGACAAAUGCAUCGAUGUCAAAUUACACUACGACAUCAUCUUCGAUGAAUUCGGUGCAUAAUUCAACAGUAUUAACAAAUUCCAAUCACCAUUAUCUUCAACAAGCUGCAAUUGCUCAAGGUGUUUCAAAAUCAUCUUCGUCACAACAAAAAGUUUUAUCAAAUCAAACAGCUCCGAUUCAAAUGAAUCGACAAUCGAAUUACCCACCACAACAAACAGUGAAAUCAAUUCGUACCCCAACAAUUGAUUUAACAUCACCUUCUGCGACACCAAAGCCAGUAAAUAAAAUAAAUUCAGUAUCACCGUUAGAUUUAUCUGUGAAAACUGUACGAACAUCAGCGGAUUCAACCGCAAACGAUGAUUAUCAAAUAAUUGAACAAUCAAAUGAAAUGUAUAACUAUCAACAACGAUUACCAAAAAUAUCUGCUCCAGGUGUGGUUGGUGGUAAUAAUGGUAUAGCCGCUGCACCAAAAGUUGAUUUUGCACCCAAUUUUACAACACUAGCAGCACCAAUUACAACAACUCGUUCAUCUUCUUCAACAUCAUCGUCAGAAAUGCCUGGUGUACAAAAAUCAUAUGAAAAUCGUACAGCCUAUUAUCAAAAUUAUCAUUUACAACGAGGUGGUGCUACAAAUAAAGUUGAAUUAGUUCCAAGUAAACGUCAACCUCAGUAUGUUCCACAACCACCGAUCCCACAAAUUCCACCCCAAAUAAAUAAGAAACGUUAUGCAGACGAAAGUUCUGAUUAUCAACCUCAUGCAAAAAUACCACGAGUUGAUAAUUGGCGGUUAUCAAUUGAUCAAGAAAUUGAUCAACGUUUAUUAUCAUAUACACAUUCCAAAUCACAGUUAGAAAAUCAACAAGGCUAUAAACCAUUGAUUAACGGGCAUUCUACGCUACAAACUCAACCUCCAUCAGCUCCAGAACAUCAGCAUCAGGUUGUUAACGCCGAAUCUAGAAUACCUUAUAAUCAUCAAGCGAUGAGUGUUCAAAACGAGAGUAAAAACUUUCAUCAAGUAUCUCCAGGACAUAAUACUACAACAGUUCAAAGCAAUUCAUAUCCACCGUCAAACAUUUCUGGUGGUAAUCAACCUCCUCCAAGUGUACAUGGUGCUGAUAAACGUGUUAUUAGUAUUCUACGAAAUAGUUUAGAAAUUAAGGGAGCGAAACAACGCGAAGAACAAGAACGUAUAGCUGCCAAAUCUGAUAUAAUCGUACAAAAUAAUAUUCCAACUCCUCCAGUGGUCACAACAUCUUCUACGGAGAUAAUAAAAUCUAGUGCGUUUGUGCCGACCACAGUAGGCGGAGCAUCGUCUGCUCCUACUAAAUUUCAUAUACCUCGUGCAAUUGAUUCAAUUAAAGUUCCACCAACGACUGUUCCUAGUGAAGUUGUUCCAAUAAGUGAUACAUCAGCGACUGAAGUUAAACCUACAUCAAAUGCAGAUUUAGAUGGAUUAGCUGCAAACUUAGCUGCGCGUAUUCGUACCAAGGCUGAAUUAAAACAAGUUGAUCCCGCACAAUUAGCUGCAAUGCAAAAAGCCAACGAAGAAAACAAUACAACGCCUUCUUCGGAAACAUCUAAAGAUCAACAACCACCACGACGAAGAUUAUUUAGCCGAACUGAUGAAGAUGGAAAUACAAUUCCACAUCGUAAUAGUAUAUUAAGAAGUUCCUCUGAGGUGUCCGUAUUCGAUUUCCGUGAAUCGGAUUCGGAGAGUGAAAUGCCAAUACUAGAACGACAAUCGUUAGUUGAUAUGCGCCGUGAUAGAAAAUCAUCGACGUCAACAAUUCGUCCACCAAGUGCAACCCCUCUUGAUCCCGAUAUAGUUAUCAAACAAGAGGUACCAGAAUCUCCGGAUCCCUUCUUUACUGAAACAUGUGAUAAAUUUAUGGAACAAUUACGUACGGGAGGAAGUAGUACUAAAAAACGGGGUCGACGAAAGAAAGUUGUUGAACCCGAAAUCAUAGCAAAAUUAGAAAAUAAAUUAAUCGAAAUUGAAAUUAAAGUUGAAAAAUGCGAUGACAUUAUAAAAUGUGAACCUAGUGAACCAAAUGAACCUGAACCUCCUCCAGAAGUUAAACCAGUUGAAAAUGAAUUUGAACCAGAUAAGGUGAUCAAACAAGAAGAUUCUGAUUCUGAUGUACCAUUAAUUCGUAAAAAAUAUGCACUCAAGAAAAAUGAAGAGGCAAAUUCGAAGAAAAGUGAUGAUGAAGAUGACGAUGAUGACGAAGUACUAAGUGUGAUGAAAAAGAAAGAAAAAAGUGGUGCUAAAAUAAAACUUGAAUCUUCAAGUGAAAGUAGUGAUAAUAGUGAUAACGAAACAAAUAAAGAGACAGUUGCACAUCGUUUACGACAGCGUAAAGGUCGGUCAAACGAUAAAAAACGUUCAGACUCCGAAAGUAGUACAAAUAUUACCACACGUGCAACCAAUAAUAAUGAAUCAAAAGAGCAAAAGAAUUCACGUUCGAAAAGUGCACCACAAAAGAAACCAUCUUUCGGUGAUGGUAGUGAUUUUCGUCCAGGUUGGGAAGAGGAAGUUUACCGUUAUAAGCAAUCAUUACGAAUGCCUGCCCAAUUAAUUAGUAUACCCCGUCCUACGGUACGUUUAUCUACUUCCUUACCAGAUUUGGAUCCAUGUCCUUCGCCAACAACUUCUUCGAUUAUGGAUAAUGAAUUCUUUAAAUAUCACAUGAAAAAUAAUUUAUUGGGUGCGAAAAUUAAGAGAGAAUUCAUUGACAGUGAUUUAGAUUCGAACUUUAGUUUUGUUAGUCAAAAUAAAACAAACACGGUGAUUGACGAUGAAGAGGAAGCAACAUGUUCUUCCAUUUUGUCUUCGACCAAUUCAAAAACAAAAGAAAAUAAUAACUCAAUAAUUGAUGUACUCGCACAACGUUACGGUAAAAAUAAUUUACGAAAACGUACAUCCAAGAAAUUUAAUAAUAAUAACAAUCGUCCAAAAAUCAUUCCAAAGUCUUCCAAUCCACUCGAAUUGUUACCAACACCUAGUUUAGAAGAUACCGUCGAUGUGAAAAAUGAUAAAAAGAAAGUCAAAAGUAAAAAAUUAGAAAAACCGAUUUCACCGAAAUCAAAUACUUCAUUACUUGGAUUCUUUCGUAAGAAAACAGUGGAAAACUUUCGUGAUGCAUUUCGUAAGAAUACAAUUAAUGAGCAAUUUACUCCUGUAAUAUUUAAAUCGCGUACGCGAAAAGAAACGCAAGUGUUAAAACAACGAGCUACAAUGCGUGAAGUCUUUGGUGAAGAUCGACCUGCUUCUGCUCCACCUAUGACGAACCAUGUUAACGAGGAAGCUGUUCAACCAGCUAAGAAAUCGUCUCCAAAACCAAGUCCUCCAAAGAAGAAGAAAUCAUUAGUUAAAGUUACAAGUAAAUCGAAGAAAGAAAAUACGGUACCAGGUCGAGCUGGACUACGAAGUGCAAUCGCGUUGCGUGGACAUCACCAUCGUGCAGUGAUUAAAAAUAAACGAAAUUUAACGAAAAAACAAUUAAUUAAAGUGAAAAAAUUACGUAGUGAUAAAACGAAAACGUUAAGUGAGUCGAAAAAAGAGAAAAUAUUAAAAGAUCAAAAACAAUUUAAUAAAACUCGUGGUAGUGCAAAUGUGAAUAAUAGUAGUAGUGGGGGUAUUAGUAAAAAUCGUAAAUUGGGUAUUAAAACGGAAAAAUUGGAUAAAUCCGAAAAAUCCGUAGAUGAUGUGAUCGUUGAUAAUAAUAAAGAAAUUGUGAUAAAAACUGAGAAUGAUAUUAAAAUUGAAAAUAAUACAGAUAUUAAAGUUGAAGGGGAACGAAAAUUAACCGGCAAGAAAAAAUAUAAAUUAAAAUCUAUUCGACGUAAAUUUAGUUCUGGUUUUGAUUAUAUACGUAAAAAGAAGAAACCGUUGAAGAAAGAGAAUUUAGAACAAAAUGGAACUGAACAGAAGAAACCGAAAAAACGUGGUAUUUCACAACGUACAAAUGCUGUUACCAUACAAGAUAUCCAACGUGAAAUCAAAGGUUGGGUUUUGAAUAAGGGUAUUGGUGAAACGCAUCUUCACAGAGCGUCACGCUUAGGAUACACUGAUGUUACUGCGUAUUGCUUAGAAACAUUAGGAAAUGCACCGUCCCCAAAAGAUAAUGCUGGAUACACACCACUUCUUGAAGCUUGUUCCAGAGGCCAUCUUGAUAUUGCAAAAUUAUUAUUGUUAUAUGGAGCUAACGAAAAUGAAUUCGCUCAAGGUGGUAUAAGGCCGUUACAUGAAGCUUCAGAAAAUGGAUAUGUAGAAAUAAUUCGAUUGCUGUUAUCAUAUGGAGCAGAUCCUUUAUUUCCAACUUAUUCUGGUUUAACUCCACUUUCGUUAGCAACAGAUAAUGAUACAAUAUCUGUUCUGCAAAAUUAUAUAGCUGAUAUACAAGGGAAGGAUGCACCACCGUGGAUUUUCCCUGGACCCGCUCAAUUUUUUGAAACUGAAGAACAAGGUUAUGAUGCCUUAGAAGGGGCACCAUCACCAGAUCCAUCGGGUCCAAAUAGUGAACUAGACAUGGAAGUAAGUGAAGCAGUUUUUCCCAAUUUAUAUACAUUACGCGGUGAAGAUCCUGAUGAUAAAUGGGUGCUAUUACAAGAUUUAUCAAAUUUAUUAAAAUGUAAAUCAAAAGAUGCUUUAUUACGUUUAUUAAAUUCAUCCUCAACGGAUAAAUCAUCAUCAGGGUCCAGUUCCUCAUCCACAUCGUCAACAAAUCAUAAAAACAUUGUUAAAGAUAUGAAAAUGGCUGAUUUCUUAGAUCAAGCUCAUUGUUGCUCGUUGUUAUCGGCUGGUGAACGUGUUAAUAUUCGUGCAUCUAAAAUAUCAUUAGUUAAAUAUUCAGAUCGAGUUAAAGAACUCUUAGGUAUUGAAGAUUUUAUAUUACCACCGACCAGAUGACAUCCGGAUUACGACUCAGAUUAAAUCUGAGUACACUAAACUGACUUUUUUGACAAAUUUUAUUUUAUAUUUUUUAAAUAAAUGUUUAAAUCGAAAA